CCGCAACCAGCACUUUGGGGAAAGGGGAACUGGGGAAGUUAUUAACGGUGCAUGGCACCGAAUACCGAAAAAGAAAAUCCACUAAAAUCCACUUCGUUCGAUUCCGGUCUCCCAUUUCGCGGGGAGGGGCAUUUCAUCAUCUACUCCAAGACGAUGCUGCUCUCUGCAAUUACCCCAAAAAUUCUUUUGUGCAACCCCAGCAACGGAAACUCCAGCAAUCUCGUCCCUUGUUCCAACAACAAGCCCAUACUCCAAUUUCAGAACUCUUGCCGGGAGAACGCUUUUGUAGCGCAGAGACAAAGUGCCCUAACUAAUGCUUCAUCUUCUUCACUCGCAAAUGGCACAUCCGAGGAUAACCGGUGCCUUCAAAACGCCAACUCUGGUGCUGAAACGUUUCGUCACGUCAGCCAUGCUGGUUCAGUCGAUGAUGGUGAAGAAGAAAAGGAACAAGGCGGAUUGGUUUCUUCGGCUUCUGCGGUUGCAGCGGCUAUACGCAUUGCUUCCACAUCUCCGGUGGAAUUUGUACAGAGGGUUGAAAAAGAUGGAAAAAAUGGGUUGGUCUUACCGAGCCCAGAUUUCCAGAGACUCUGUGUAGAGCAGCUCGACCUUUUCCGGAGAAUUGUCGAUCCAGAUUCCGUGCUAUCGGUUUAUGUAAGGCCAGCUGGUAGUUAUGUUAUGGACCGGUUAGAGCUUCGACGGGUUACUUACUAUCCGCGAACGACCGUGGCUGAAAGAUCUGACAUUGUGAUAUUAAUUGGUAAUUUUGGUGUUCCAACGGGCUUACGUGCAGCUGAAGCUGCACUCUCAAAUCAGCAAAUUAAAAUGAUACCUGAAAGUAGAGCUGUAGUUUUCCCUAUGGUGAAACAUCCAUUUGUCGUGGGCUUUUUGGUUGCUGAGUUUCCUAUGAUGGAUUCUGAAACUUCUGGGAAUGCUGAAAGAGACAGACAUGAUAUGCCUCUAUGUUCAUCACCGGACGAAUCUUGUACAUCUGCUCCCCUUUUGGAUAGGAAAUCGUGGGAAGUUGAGACUCUCAAGGAAGAUCUAUUGAGAAGAUAUUACAAGUUAACAGCUGAACAGAGAUCUAAUGCUAUUAAUAUUUCUCGCUCUCUGGCAAUGGCAUAUGUGAUGGAUCAGAAAGCAAUGCUACUUCAGCAAUCAUCUUGGCAAAAUAAUGUCAGAAUGAGUAAUCUGGUCGAGCAGAUUCGAGGACCUCUUUCUACCAUAAGGACUUUGAGUAAAAUGUUAUCUGUUCAUAUGAAGAGAAGUGAGGUCUCAUAUGAUGUCAUUGAAGAUAUACUGGUACAAGGUGAUCGUAUGCGAGAUACAUUGCAGCAACUUCAGGAUGCUGUCUACCUUACGAAGGCUAACAUAGUGCAUUAUAAUGAAGAAACAUUAAAGAAAAUACGUAGCUCAACGCAUGCAGAAUCAAUGAGGUCUCAAUUUUCCAAUAACAUUGAGGAAACUCACGGUGUUAACGCACAAGAAUUAGGUUCAACACUUCCUCUAAAUUCUGCAGCAAAGGAUUUGGAGAUGCCUAUGCCGCCUCUUGCUCUUGCAGCAUUACAACAGCACAAUAUCAGACCAUGCAAUAUCUCUGAUGUACUACUAGAGUUGGUAGGAGCUGUGGUUCCUCUAGCUCAUAAGCAGCAACGCAAAGUGGAACUCAGCGAACUCUCUCAGUCUUUAUAUGUUGCUGUAGAGGAAUCUGCUUUGCGCCAGGCACUGAGCAAUUUGAUUGAGGGGGCACUAUUGCGAACCCAUGUUGGGGGCAAGGUUGAGAUUAUGUCAACUAGAGCACCAGCUGGUGGUGUCCUUGUGGUAAUAGAUGAUGAUGGGCCUGAUAUGCAUUAUAUGACACAGAUGCAUUCACUUACACCGUUUGGGGCAGGCCUUCUAUCUGAAGGUAUGGUGGAAGACAACAUGACUUGGAACUUUGUUGCUGGGUUGACAGUGGCUCGUGAGGUACUGGAGAGUUAUGGGUGUGUUGUUCGUGUUAUAUCCCCCCGUACUCCAACUGCAGUCCUUGGAACAGGUGGAACCCGUCUGGAACUCUGGUUGCCUUCUCUUCCAGAUGCAUCUGGAUCAAUUGUCUCAGUUUAAGAAGUUUGACGUAAAAACUGAGGUUAACUAUUGGAAGAGGUAAUGCCAAGUAGAAGAAUAGUCGAGUAGGUAGCUGGCACCAUGAUGAAGUUUGGCAGAUUCAGGUGGUGGUAAUACUCAUUUAAGUCCUAGGGUUUUAUGUAUAUAACCAUAUAUGUAAUUGAAGAUUAGAUGUGUAGCCUGUAUGUAAAUAAUAUGUUUUGGGGGUUAUUUAAAAUCCCCCGUCGGUGAUCAAGUUCAUUAGGUUUUUAAUCAGAAGCUCAGGUUAUAUUUAAUUGCGCUCACACUGGGGAGGCACGGAUAAACAAUGGUCCAUCAUUUGUUUAUUUAUUUUGUAUUGGGGUUGGGGCGUUGUUUUCUCAUUUUUUUUCUCUUCAUUUUGCUUGUAACUGUAAUGUAACGAGUGAGAAUACAGAUUACAAAGCACGAACAUGGAGUGUUCGUUCUUCUAUUCAGGUUUCAAUGAAGUCCCUUAUCUAGCUAUCUUGAA